AAGCUAGGCCAUGCAAAGGCCCUACUUUCAAUAUCAAAAUACUUUGAAUUUUCCAAGUCCUCUCUCUACCUCGAUCAUCUGUUUACAUCGAUCCGUCAAGUUGAAGCAAGCAAGCUAGCUUAGUUAGUUAACUGAGUUCUCAUUUCUCCAAUCUUAUCUGCAACACGUACACCAUGUACUCGUCAAAGCCGAAUUCGAAAGAGAAGUUUUCGGAUACGUCGAACACCGAUGCUUCUUCUCCGCCGACGGGUGUUCCGGUCAGCUCCAGCAACCCUUACUUCAGUAGUAGUCAAGAUGAUCAUGACAACAACAGCUCCCAAAUGCCGGCUGCUCCGCCAUACCAUCUCCGCCCUAGAGCCCCCGAGCCGUGGAAGACCGGCCUCUUCGACUGCUUCAACGAUCCCAAAAACUGCUGCACAACGUUCUGGUGCCCUUGCAUCACUUUCGGCCAGAUUGCAGAGAUUGUGGACAAGGGCUCUACUUCUUGUGGUGCAAGUGGAGCACUAUACACACUGAUAUUUUGUGUGACUGGUUGUCCUUGCUUCUAUUCAUGCUUCUACCGCUCCAAAAUGAGGCAGCAGUACACACUUGAUGCGAGCCCUUGUGGUGAUUGCCUGGUUCAUUGCUUCUGCGAGUACUGCGCCCUGUGCCAGGAGUACCGUGAGCUGCAAAAUCGCGGUUUCGACAUGGUCAUCGGAUGGCAUGGAAAUAUCGAGGAAAGGAACCGUGAAGUGGCGAUGAAUCCAGUGCCGCCGGUCAUGGAGGAAGGCAUGAGUCGAGAUAAAUGAAAUCAACGAAGGAGCUCAACAAGUUAGGGUUCAUAUAAAUACUCGAAGUUAAUGGUGUCCCUUCUUGUAAAAUAUGUGCAUGAAAUUUUGAAUUAUUCAGUGUUGUAAGGAAAUAUAGUUUCUAGUCGGAGGAGGAGUUUAUGUGACGAAUGCAAUUAAUCUUCUUUGCACGAUGGAUAAAUAAAAUGGACAAGUGAGAAGAUCUUAAUUCUCAUGUAGAUCGAUUUAUUUGCACUAACUAAAACCGAACCGUUGGCGGCGAUGGUGACGUCAAUGUUAUCAAGCAUAGGUAAAAAGUGUGGUAGAUUUGUAUUUCUUGUUUUAUUAUAUUCAAUUGUAGGGUCUUCGACCUGUAAGUUAGCGAG